AUGCCCACGGAAUGCCCAGCAGACCCUGCUGCCCUCGGCUCCUGGAUUCAGUCGGGGUCUACCCAGUCCCCAGAAAUGAAAGUGGAGCCCAGCCCACCCUAUGGGACAGUGGGGAGCAGCAUCACCUUGUCCAUCGUGGGGUUCUCAAAGCAACCUCAAAGAUACACCUGGUUUAGAAAGACGACAGAUGACCCCAACAGGAUUGUGUCCUACAAUGUUCUGACAAAACAGCGGGCACCAGCACAUGGUCGGGAGAUGGUGUACCCCAAUGGCUCUCUGGGCAUCACCAACCUUACCCUUGAGGAUGAUGACAAAUACAUAGUAGAAAUUUUUGCUCUGGCUGAUGGCCCUCAGAAAUAUAGCUUAUCCGUAUUGUCGGUCUAUUUGCAUGUAUAUGAUCCCAGUUCCAGAGGAGGGGUCACUGCUGGCAUUGUGAUGGGAGUCCUGAUGGCGCUAAUUCUCCUGGUGACCCUCAUCUAUUUCCUGUUCAUCAGAAAGACUGGAGGAACUUCACCAGAAAUCCAAGGAGAUCCAGGUCCAGGAGAGAGAACUUAUCUGCCCCAGAAACAGAGUCAGGCUGCAAAAAAGAAGAAUUCUGGUGUACAAGACUCAGCUUCUUCUACACAGGGUCUUGGCUCCUUAUCUACCUCCUCUACAAAAGUCCAUGAAGAUAUCUAUGAGACAUUGGAUGUCACCAGAGUGGAUGUUUAUGAAACCAUCAAGAGAAAGCCUCCAACCAAGGAAGGAGGGACACGGGUCUAG